UCCAACAUCAACAAUGCUCUCUCCAUUCCAUAAUGGCCGUGGAAAGCAUCUCGGAGUCGCUGCAAGCUACCGGCAGAGACGAAUUUCUUCUAUCCUUUUUGACCUCUGGUUGUUGGCAAACAACUUCGUCUGGCCUUUUCACGUCUGCCCCCGACUGAGCUUGACACAACAUGAACGGCUUUCAUGACCUCCUCUGCAAGCAAAAGAUCUACAGUGAUUCUACACCAUCGAUGGCGCCCUUCCUUUCCACAUAGUCCACGAAAUCUGCGAGAGUCACACAAGUUCAAGGCAUGAACAUUGGAUCUGACAGCUCGGUUUUGGAUAUCUUGGAAUGCGACGGAAUCAAGCAAAUUUCUGCCAGAUGGUCUAAGCUUCUGGACGAUGUAGAGAUAAAGUGAUUGUGGAAUAUGGAUUUCAUGCGGAGAGGACCAGACAAGUGUCGUGGGAUGUGUCUGAAACAAUCACUCUAUCAUCGUGGGCAAGCCAUUCCCAAGGUAUUUCGGCAACAGGUGUGGAGCGUGUUGUCGAUGCCCCAGGUCCCAGGAUGCACAGCGACCUGUCAAGUACCCCUCGGAAUUUUCAAUUGAAGAAUAGAUUGGUGUCUUGGAUUUGGACCCAGGGCAUUCUUUGGCUAUGGCUAUGUCUUUGGUUAUGGCAAUCACCAAAUUCCCAGACAUGGACGUAUCAUUUACUGGUGAUGUUCAUCGCGGUUUGCAAAUCGUAGACCUUGCCUAAAUGUUCGAUGCGACGACAUCCCUAUCUAACAGGCUAUGCUUUGGGAACAGAAUAAUGAUUCAGUAUUCAUUACCAUCCAAGCUCUUCUUCUUUCUCCUUUCUUCCGUCCUUCGCUCUUGCCUGUGCAAGCCUUCCUUCCCAGUAAAGACAUCUAUCAUCUUCAUCCACUUCUUCAUUUGUCAACAUUGGGGCAAGCAGCAAAUGUCUGAUUAUUACUGAACGAGCUCUUCACUGGCCCAGAUGAUACAUCAAUAAGUCGUGUGUUGAGGUUUCAUUUCACUGCAUAGUGAUGAAUCCGCCAACAGACUUCCAACUCUUUCCAAGGCUGCCACCCGAACUGCGACUUCGAAUAUGGAGAUUUGCUAUCGGUACCGAUCCAGAUACACGCGGACGGACUAUUAGAAUUAUCUUUUACCAACACGUGGAUCAUGACCCCGCAAGGCUCGUCCUAAGAUCGCCGAAUGGCAUUGCUGGUCAACCUCAAUGGGGCUUAGAAGCUCAAUAUCGAUUUCUGUAUUCUCUCUCUGGCGCUCCGUCUGAUGCGCCUUUUCACGGUCAGUUUGUUAAUCGAGAGGUACGACGAGAAUUCUUCCCGAAUUUUCUACAUCUGCAUUUUCCAGACCGAAGGCCAACUGCCCCCAUACGCUUCAACGCUGUAGUUGAUACCAUUUUUAUGGACCUGCACUCGUUACGCGCACUUUACGACUUCGCAAGACCCGAGAUACCAGACCUUCGUCACAUUCCAACGAGAGCAUCUGAUUUCUCAAAUGCAGACAGACGUCCAAGACUUAUUGGGUUCAAUCGGAUACAAAUACUUGCUACUCCAAUGGAAGGGCCAGAAGUAUUUGGUCUGGUGUUCCUUCGUCGAAGAAUAUUUACGGGGCUCACACAACCUGUCGGCACCAUCACUACCUUCCCUGAUACCGAUGUAGCAAGAUGGAUACCUCACGUUCGUGCUACAAAGGUAGAAGAUCCGCUCCUCAUCAACGAUCCGGCUGAAUUGGUAGCCGUGUGUCGUGUUGCGCACGCUGAACGUCAAUUUCUGCGCAAGGUGAGAAAAGCACAGGAGGCUGAGAGAGAUUUUAUACCGUUAAUCGGCCCCAUGAUCCGGGACACGACUGCAGAGUUGAUCAGAAGGCACACUUUUGACGGAUGGGUUUUCUUUCAAGUUACACCUCCUCCUCCACCACCACCACCACCACCACCCGCAGCAGGCACAGAUGACUCUGCUGCAAGAAGACCAUGAUUGACAUUCUAGUCCAUCUGCAUUGUGCCCCCCAGCUCGGAUGAAAUAAGCGAAGCUGGUCUGUCUAUGGGGUCGGGAUCCAGAUCAAGCCUUUCUGUUGCGGAUCAGGAGUUUGUUGCACUGUUAGUGGACCAGAUUCAGAGAUAGUCUAACUUGGCAAUGAAAUACGAGCA